AUGCUCGUUGGCCAAUAUCACCCUGAAAUGAGUGCCUUGGCGGCAGCAACAAGGGCAAGAGGCGCAAGUCCAAAUUCUCUAGGUGGCCCUGGGAGUAUUUUGUGUAGUUUUCCCAGUCCAACCCAAACCAACUAUGGACAACUCUUCUUCAUUGAGUUCUUCGUGGACAGUUUUAUAGGAAUCAUCAUCUGGGCCGUACUGGAUCCGGCAAACCCGUUCGUCGCCCCUUCCAGUGCACCCUUCAUCAUCGGACUGGGUUAUGCCACUAUGAUCUGGGGUUUCGCCAACUUGACUAUCUCUACAAAUUUAGCGAGGGAUCUUGGAACAAGAAUUGUCGCCGCGAUAUUUUAUGGAGGCGAUGCUUUCAACGACUACGCUGCUAUAGCAAUCUUAGUAAACGUUCCGGCGACAAUAUUUGCAACCGCCGUUUAUGAACUUAUUAUGAGGGACAGUUUUGCAAUAAUAGCGAAGGGCGCGAAUGUACAUGAGGAAGGAGAAGAUGGUCUUACGAGACAUUUAACAAAAACGGGGACGAUAGAACAAGGCGUUUCGAAUAGCGCGGGAAGAGGAGGGUUUACUGAGAGCGAUGGCAGUUAUGACGGGCGCAAACAAGAAACAUUGCCGGUAUGA